AAGAAAGGUAACAUUUAAGUGCAAGGCUGGGGUAAAGCUGCUCCAUUUGCCUGCCUUCAGCUGCAAAAGAAAGUCAAGAAAUCCAGGGCAAGUGAAGCUGUCAACAACAACUGCCUGAUUUGCUUAGAUAUGAUGCAAACCGCUGAAAAAAGUUUGGUCCUAGAAACCAAGCUUGCAAAAGAACAAUCAAAACCUAACAGCAAGUUCAGUACAUGUACUACAGAGGAGACUGCGUCAGAAAAGGAAGAGGUUCCAGUCCAUUCAAGUGAGGCCAUCUGCGGUCCUACCACAGACGGUAUUAAGAGAGAAAUUUGUAAUAGCAAGUUUCACUCCCCUCAGGCCUUCCAAGGUGAAAAGAAAAGUUUGCCAAUAAAGGAAUUCAGCAUAUGGCACCUAGAAACAUUGAAACAUAAAGAUAGGAAAAGCAAUGAGCCUAGCGUGCCUGACACUGAUAACGCCGAGUCUUUGUUAAAGCCAUUGCUAGUUUUGCCACCAGUGAAAGAUGCUACUCCCAAGAAUAACCCAGAUGCUUCUUUAAAGAAGAAUAAAGCAGUCUUCUCCCAGACAAAAAUGCUCUAUGGUAUUUCAGAAGAGACUUCUUCUGACGGUCAUGAAUCUCAAACAGAGCAAAGGGGGGAAAAAGAAAUCGAUGUUGUGAGCGCAACAGUGAAGGAGAAAAUGAAAAUGAAUGAAUCAUCCUUUGUCCCAAGCCUGCCAAAGGCCUCCUUUCUGCAAGGGGACCCUGAGCCGUUGCACUGGCAUUGUGCUCUUUUGCCAGAUAAAAAGACAGCAACCACCUCUAAUUCUGUCACUUUAAAAAAAAACUGUAAUCUUGCCAGCAUGCAGUUUCUGCAAACAAAAGGAUUACAGUACACAAAACAGGAGGCAAUCAGGAGCCCUUUCACCAGCAACAUCAGAAGCAGAAAUCCCGAGGCCAAGCAAGGAAGUGAAUCAAAGAUACAGGAGCUCUCACUGCUUUCUGGACUGUUGCCCUCCUUAACGGUCAGCCACGUUACACUAACUGCACUGUCUUCUAAACUGACCUAACGUUUUUUAUAUUGUAAUUCCACGCCUUUUUUUUUUUUUUUUGUAUUUGUUGGGCUCAUUGUAUGAGAAAAAAAUUGAAGAUACACACUAAAUUCUGCUUCUGAGCACAACUAUUUGUGAAUUUUGUAGGUGUUAUUGGUGUGUCAGUUUAUAACACUAUCCUUUACUUUCAAAUAAUUUACUUUUCAGUUAACAGGUUAAAGAUCUGUCUGACUAUACUGUGCAGUAUGAUAGCUGCAGAAGACUCCUUUGUUCUGGAGGUGGCUGAAAUGCAGCUUCCUAAUUCGGAUGCAGCCCUUGCGUGGUAUGAUCUUGUGUGGAAUUUUGGUACCCGAUCCAGCUGAGCACCUAAGCUUAACUUCAAGUACAUUCCUAAGGCCAUGUCUAGGAAGCAAGGCAUUUAAGAGUGGUUUUAAUUUAAGCACAGGACUAAAUUCUGUUGAGUUCCAUAGGCCUGAAGCAUUUGUACAAGCACUUUGCUGAACUGGAGCUGAAAAAAAUGCAUUAGAAAUAGUCCUCAACUGACUCGGAGAACAGCAGCUUUACUAUAGUGCCAUGACCAAGUGAUCAGUUGUUAUUUACCACUUUUUGUUUUCAUUUGGUUUUAAGUAUGAUUUAAGAUUUUCUCCUUAUGUUUCUUUGCUUCCCUCCACAUUUGACUAGCAUGUAACCCUUGAUUUUUUUUUAGUGAACAGGGAUUUUUAGAUAAAGUUUUGUCUGUCUGUUAAGUGAACGGUGUUUUAGUUUGAUUUUAAUUUGCUGCUAUAAUUUAAAGUAACUUUGCAUUCACAAAGUAUGGCAGUUUAGAUUAAAUGCUUUUUCGCAUGCACAUUACCACAUGUUCCUCAGUCUACAAAUCAGAUUUUGUGCCAUGUAAUUUUCUCCCUAUUUUGAUGCAUUUGAUACAAUCUUGAAAGCAAUAGGAUAAAAAUAAUAGCGUUCAAAAUUCUGAAUAGAAAGCGUUUUAUUUUUAUGCCAAAGACUAGGAUCAGCAACUACUAGAUUUAAGAAGGUCUAACUAUUGACUGGUACUGUCACAUUUAUUUAAUUCUUUUACUCCCAAACCAGUUUACAAAUAUCUUCAUAGUAACCAUUUAAUGCAGAGGUUUCCAACCAUCAGGCCAUGAAGGGUUGGCUGCUGGGCUGUGGCAUGCAUCCCUCACUCGGACCCCCGUCUGUCCACCUGGGUGAGCAGCUUCCAUUACUGGCAGCCACGUGCAGGGUUAAAACCGGGCAGUAGGGCAGCCCCGGGAGGGAAACGGCCAGCUCCGUCCCAUUCCCGCUGCCAUAGCUGCACCUAGCAAGGCGCUGCCCACGCAGCAGGUACUAGAGCCUGCACCAGGGCAGGCCGGGCAGGACCCCCACCCCAACCCUGCCCAUGGCUGGGAGCGGGGCCAUGCAGGUGGGGAAAUGCCCGCGAGGCGGCUCUGCUGCUUGCUCCUAAGGAAGGUAGUAGAGCCCCUUCUUCCCAGACAGCCCCAGCUGAGUCCCCACAGGCCACCGCCUGUGUAGCCCCCUCCCCUGCAGUCUUGGUGCCUACGGCUGCGGUGCCCCAACCCACACCCGGGUACAAGUUUAAAUAUUUACAAAUUUACCAAUUUAAAUAAUUUGCAGGUUUAAAUAUGCAAAGUUAAAUUGUUUCUAUACCCGGUCCACCAAGUUCUUUGAGUGAGUUUGCUGGUCCGUAGUAUAAAAAAAGUUGGGAACCACUGAUCUAAUGCAGCUUAAUAUCUUCACUCACCUUUAUAGCCAGAGAAGAGUAAAUGGUUUCAGAAACUCUUAGUAAAAAGAGAAUUUUUUUUUAUUCUGACAUGAAGAAAGCCAUCACUGCUUUAUAAUAUGGUUAGGCCUUCAGUUUGACCUCUCAGAUCUACAAGAUAGCACUUGAAACAAUAAAGCAUUGUUAGUUUGGAGAGAAGAGUGCCACCUACUGAAAGCCCAUAUUUUUAAUCCCUACUUUGGAGAAUUCACUGUACUAAAUUUCGGUGCUAAGCACUCAGCUCUACCCUGAGAUUAUUUUCUUUCUCUAGUUAAGUUUUACUCCAGUGAUUAUGGUAAAUAAACAGCACUGUUUAAAAACUUGGAGCAGUGACUGGAGGCAAAUUGCAUCCCUUGGUAUAGAUAAAUAGAGAAUGUAGAAUUCUGCGGAUAAUAUUUUUGUAUGAGUUCGGGAUGGAGUAGUGAGAUCACCUCCAAAUAAUUGUGAAGGAAAGCGUCAUGACUGAUUCAAAUCUUGCAAACCUUACUGGGAAAAAAAAAAUCCAUAGUCAUGUCUGCUUACAGAAUUUGUAAGCUAUUUCACUAGGGCUUGCACUUGAAUAAUGAUGAUGGAAUUUGCCUCAUCUUUCCAGUAAAGGCUUCCCACAAUUCAUUACAAUUUUAAGUGAUUUUAUAUAGCAGUUAGUAUCAGGUAUUCCACUGUGUCUGCUUAUUACCGAGUGUGGGAAUCUGAGAGCAGUUGUGAGAGACAUUUACAUAUAAGCCCAGACAGACGCGUGAAAGUGAGCGCUGCUUUACCUACCUUCUGUUCUGUGAAAUAAUGGCUAUUACAGCAUGUUGUUGCAUAGAAUAACCAAGUACUUUGAAUUCUAAGGUUGGUUUACAAAUGCUGUAAUUUGAAUCAGGAAUAUGACUGUUUCUCUACGUGGUGCCCAUGAUAUUAGAGUAGGAAGAGGAGAAAAGAGUUAUUUAUAAAGAAAUCUGACUGUAAGUUACCUCUCCUGUUGUAGAAGGAAGUCAGAGCUGACUGCAGCAGUCAGCAUUUUGCUCAUUUAAAAGCCCUUGCUGCCUUUGAAAGUCUCAACCAGUGACCAGCUGAGGUCCAUUUUAUCUUAGUAGUUUCUAGGAAUCAAGGCAGUGGAAAGUCAACAAGUCUGUCAUAACAGUUUCAUAGGCAUGAUCAUAUCUUGACAGCACAGAGACCUUGGCAAAGUCUGUUUUCUUUUCCCCGGUGCUCAUGCUAGAAUUGUCCUUAGAUCCUUCCAGGUUUGCACUGUUAUCCUGCAUCUUUACUUGCUCGGUGAUUUAGAAACUUCCUAGAUGGGAAGACAAAAUGUGAUCUGCCUUAUUUUUAUGGUUCUAAUUAAAGCUUUAGGAUGAAACUCACCACCGAUGUAUACCAUAGGCCACUGUGUAAACGAGGAGAUGCAUUUUACUACAGAACAAUGUAUCUACGUGACCACGAAUCUAUCGGGGGACAGUCUAUCUAGGGAUCAUCAGCCGUGGGCUGGAUCUGGCUGCCUGCAUGCGUGCAGGGGGCUGAUCUGAAGCGGCUGCUUUAAAGCGGUGACUUCAAGAAACCCUCCUGCUCUGUGCCCGUGCCAACUUUUUGUUUCUGAUUGGUGUUCACCAUGGUUUUCAGUGGCGCCUCUUAAGCAGUGGUGGGCAGAGAGAUUGGCAAUCCACACCUCUGAAAGGUUGAUGACCCCUGAUCUAGGAUGUUUCCGAAGCAGCGCUGCAGAGGGAAGUUGUCUCUCUCCUAGUCUCCAACAUAAUGUUUUAGUUUUAAAACAAAACAAAACAAACCCUGUUCCGAGGCAAGAAGUAGAAAUUAAUUAAGAUCAAAUAAAAUCCUUCACAAACAACAAACAGUACAAAAGGUGAAACAGUUCAAACAUAUCUGCUUCUGGUCCUCACACAAUACUUUAUUUGCUGUUCACUAGCUAGCAAUAUUGAAACAUAUGUACAAGGCAGAUGUAAAUACUAACAUUUCCAAGUUUGGAAAGGAAGGAUGUUGUUUAUUGUUCAGACAAAAGAAAAUACCACACCUCAGUGAGAAUACUGAACAGUGACCUACUGUAUUAUUUAUCAACUAAGAGGAAGCAAGCCCAAACAUCUAUGUUCACUAGAGUAAUUAAAUAAAGUAGCAUUCACUGGAUGUCAAAGACACAACAUAGGGUAAACAAUUUGACAUUAUAGGAAAGUUUGAGGGUAGAGUAAAAAAAUUGAGGUUUGGUUCCAAGUUUUAUGGGUGUAUUAACAAGUUACUCUUAAAGAUAUGUUUUAAAAGAGCCAAAUGUCUCAGUUUUUCUUUGUACUUUGUUUUCACUAUAUGAGGACUCAUUACUUUUCUAGGUCUAACUUGGUUAGGAUUUAGGAACAAAAGAAUUUCAUUGGGCAUGUUAACAGCAGCUUUAGUAAAAUGCAAGUAAUAUUAAUGAAUACAAGUAUUUAGCAAGUAAAGUAGUAGAAUAAGUAGAGUAGAAAGGCAAAUAGAAUAGUAAAAGGAAAUAAUUGUUCUCCAAUACCCAGAGAAAAUGACUGUCAUCUUUCAGUUUGUAAAGGGAAAUGCGUUGCUUGUGUAUCCAUUGUGCAAAUUCAAAAUCAGGAUAACACCGCAACUCAGCGGAGCUCUAAUAUACUCAAUUACUCCCUUAUAUAAUUAUAAACAGCAACAUUUUGCACUGUAGUAAGCCAUAGUGUCCCAUAGCCCUCAUGUUUCAAAGGCAGCAGGCCUAUUAGUUACUUCUCGGACAAUAUAAAAUUCUGAUUUUAUAAGCAUUUUAUUACUGAGUGGCAUCUGAGCACUCAAAACAAUAAUGAAUCAAGGCUUACACUACUCAUAUAGGAUGGGGACAUAUCAAUUUUACAGAUGCAGAACUUGGGCCAUACAGAGGGCAAGAGACUUGAACAAAGUCCCACACUGGAAGUCUGUGACAGGAGUCUAGAACAGAACCCAGAUCCAUAGCCUUGCACGUCCUGUGCACCAACAAUAAGACCCCCCAUUUCCUUCUGCCCACUGUCUUCAGUGGAACUGUUUUGGAUGUAGGAUGGUAAGGCUGAAAUCAGAAAUUGCCCUGACAAGCAGAAUGCAUACGUGCACUUUAUAGCUGCCUGGGUGAAUUUAGACUGUCCUAAAGUGUGAGAAGUUACAAGAAUCUUCCUCAUGAGUGAGCUACAGCUUCCUACAGGUGAGGAUUUCAUGGUAAAACAAAGGGUGGUCAUUGAAGCCUUUAUAAAACUGACAAAAUGUCAAAUCCAUGUGAGUGGUAGGAAGAGGUUUCUACUAGAGUAGGAUAGGCAUCAGGAGGUGACAACCAUGGAAUAUAGUCAUGCUUGUGGAUAACUGCCCCAAAAGACGCGAGUGAAGUGGGCUAUAUAGCCUGUAUUGCAAACUUGGACUUGUCAGAAGAACCGAGAAAAGGAUUUUUUUUUUUAAAUGAGGUAGAGAAGAACAAGUCCUCUACAUCUGGGAUGUCUUGAUCCCAGAGAGGAUUCAAAAGAAUUGUACUCUUUUAAUGUCAAUACCAUAAUACCACUUAGCAACUACCUGGCUAAUUAUUUUACUAUUAGUAAUGGAGAUUUAAUAUGCUUUUGUGUUCCAGGUAAAAAGUUGGGGUAAACAUGCUCCUAUCACCUGUCAUCAAGUACACAGCAAGUCCAAAAAACCAAUGGCAAGCAAAACAGUUACUUACCUAUCAUGCAUAGAUCUUGUGCCAGCUACUGACAGAGAUGUGGUCCAGACAACUAAGUCUACAGAAACAUCAAAAAUUAAUUUCAAAUUGCCUACAUGUGCUGUAGGAGAUACUGUUUUGGGAAGAGAAAAAGUUCCAGUGUAUUGCAUUGAGCCUUUUAGUUGUGUUGCUAUGACAAAUGGCUCCAAGGGAGCAAGGCAUAUCAACAAAUCAUGUUCUAGUCGGACUUUCCAAGAUGAAAAGAAAAAUAUGCUGAGAAAGGAACUUAAUAAGAGGCAACCAGAAAAGCAAAUAAACAAAUCCCCGGAACAAAAAGGUACGAGUCUACUGCGCUUAAGCCUUUUUUCUCCUUAUGAAAGCCUGACAUGCAUUACUUUGAAGACAUUACUGGUCCUGUUACCACAGACAACAGCAGCUCCCUUUUUGCCGCUGGACCCGUCUGUAGAGAAAAGCAGUGUGGUUUCUAUUCAGGGUAAUGAUCUAAGUCUCAGUGCUACUUCCACUGAAACAGAUGCCUGUGUUCCUGGUACUAAACCCAAGCAAACAGUUGAAAAGGAAACCGAUGAUGACACGAACACCGCCAUACGGAAAGUAAAACAUCAUACAGCACUUUUUGAUCACUGGCUCCCAGAGGCCUCAUUCUUGCAUGUCAACCCCAAACACUUUCACUGCCUUUAUGCUUUUACAUCAGACAAAAAUACUGCACCUGUUUCUAGCUCUCUUGCUUGGACAGAGAACAGUCAGCUUGCCACCAUGCAGUUUCCGCAAAUGGGGAAUGCAGAAUACCAAACCUAGCUUUGUUAGGGCUGCUUUCAAUAAUAGCAGAAGUCACCACACAUGCCGUGAAACUAAAGGAAGCAGGUCAAAAAUAUAUGUCUCUCAGGACAGCUGUUGCCACCCUUAACAGUCAGAGGCAUCACAAUGCCCAUGCUGCCUUUUAGAGUUUCUGGCCCUUCUUGACCAUUUUGUACCUGCCCUCUGGUUUAGUCUAUGAUUUCGGAUCUUUGGGUCAAAUCUGCUCAGCUGGGCCAAUAUAACUCCACCAGUCUAAUUGACAGAAUUCAACUCCUCCCAUGUACAGCACAGUCACUGGAAGUGGUUCUGUGCAGUCUCUCUUUUGGAUAUGCAGCGUUCAAAAACAGCUUCAGAUACCUUAACCUAAGACUCAAUUCCCAGCUAACUGCUGAACACCGACUGCCUAUCUAAAAGCAUUUGUGAAAUCUGGUAACCUUCUCGCUGCCAUCAGGAAAGAGGGGGAACUGACAGACGAGGCACUCAGAAGAAGUCUGUGAAACCCAAUGCAACAUUCCCAUGCACACCCUGCAUUAAAUACAAUUCAUGUCAAUUUACACAAGUAACCAAGAGGCAGCCCUCACAGGAUAGACACUAAACCAGAUCGCAAAGUUGUGCAUGCAUUUAUACACAAUAAGGAUUACUUUAACUUCAACAUAACACCCUCUGGCGAUAAAUGUAGCACUUGUUCAGUAAGAUGCAGCAGACUCUCAGCACUUUGGUUGCACGUUCUUGAGAUCAGAGCAUUGUGUCCUUGUUCAUAGGGGUGCUACACCGGCGAAUGUACAGCUUCUUGUGCACUGAUACAAGUCAGUCUUGCCAUGGUUAAAAUGGAGCUGAGCUGGACAAAUGCAGUACUAACAUGUCUCAGGUUUAAUGCUGCUGGAUUUGCACCUGUGCAAGACUGUACCAGAGCUUGUCUGUACCCCAGCGUGGCCUGACAAUGUUUCACAUACAGCCCAAACAUGGCAGACACCCAGUAACAAAAUAGCUUUGCUCAGUCACUUCUAUUUGUUCUUAUUCCCUUGAAUACUGGGCACCUACGCAGGAUAGCGGUACAGUGGUACACCAGGGGCAACAACAAGUGUAAGCUAGUGUUUUGCACACAAAAGUAUCCGGGGGGGGGGGGGGGGGGAGGGAAGCAGGGGAGAAGGUCAGAGAAUGAAUAAAUGGUUCAAAAGCAGCACAAGCAAGUUACUCUGGCGUCUCUUGGUUAUAGGUUUUGCUUUGUUUAUACCAUAAUCUCUAGUUUUACCUAAAAUUUGGAGACAGGAGUAAAACUUGACUUCCACCUUACCAAAUGACUAACAUUAAAUUUAUGGAUCUCAUACAGCCAUGACAAAUCCACUUUCUAUAUGCAUUUCAAAACGUAAUUUGGUUAAAUUUUUGUUUAUCUGCUAUCUUUUGCAAAUCUUUGUUCCGUCACUGUAUGAUGCCAUGGUGCAGGACUCGCAGUGAAUUUGAGGUUUUUCUAUAAAGUUUUUCCUUUGUUUCCUCAUUCUCUCCAUUUUCUUUGCAAUGUCCUGUGACAGUUUAUCAGCUUUGUAGUAACUUCCAGCAGCCCAAAUUGUAGUCAAGACCAUGCACUUUACUGCAAUAAACUGCCAUCUGCAUCUGACAGCCGUUUUAAAAACCUGCUGGUAAAUCACUGGGAAACCAAGCUAGGCAUCUUAUGUGGCACUGUUCUGUGUACAAUAUGGAUUACUUCAAUACCUUACCCAAUAACCUUUGUAGAGUAAUGUAGCACUUGUUUAUUAAUACACCUCACCACCACACAGCAGGCAGGAGAAGGCUAUAUCCAACUGAAACCAAUAGGAAAAGGCAGGAAAGCAACAUAUUUAUUUUUUGCUAUUUUUAGUUGAUGAUGAUUAGAAGUUUCUACAGGUUCUUAAACAAUAGGCCCUGAGAAUUUUCCUGCUUUACACCACGGAUUCUCUAAGAGCAGCGGGCUGCAGACAGAGACUUUAAGUGUGAGUUUGGUCCUGUACACCGCAACUAUUAUCUUCAUGGAAGUGCCAGGUAUAGCUCCAUAGUUCCAAGUUUCAUUUUGCAUCGCGAGCAGCGAUUCAACGACUUUAUUAUAUAUGGACUACACAGUGCCACUCCCUCGCUCGUCUUCCCUACCCCAAUUAAAACACUCUGUAGUGGCAUCUUUGAUAUUCAGCAGAGUAUCCUUCUAUAUAGAAUGCCAACAAAAACAAUUCUCAUUCAGAAAUGAUCUCCUCCCCUAUUUCUUGUACAGCCAAUACAAGUGAUUAUCUACCUUCUUUUGGAAAUUCAAGCAUGACCACAAUGAAAAAAAUACUACCAACGAGGCAAAACACAGACUGAAAUAAAGUUUAUUCCAAAAUAUGCAUAAUUUACAGAAGUACUUAAGGACUUCAUUGAACAAAAAUGUUUCAACACUGUUGUGAAUAAGUUGUAGCUUUAUGUAACACUCCAGCUUCCUUCAGAGAGUAAUGAGAGACAUGAAAAAAAUCUUUUGGCACAGGGUUCUCUUUGCAUGCAUUAGCAUAUGAAACAUUUCACAACUAUUACUAAGACAACACUCCUUCUUUGGAUUGUCACUUGUAAGUUGUAUAUAAAACAAACAAACAAAAAAAAGCUUAUUUCUGACUUUCGUUGCAAGUUUACUGGCUAAAAUAAAAAAAGACGACAAACAGAAAAACCCCUUGAAAACAGUCUGUCCAUUAGAAGUUGAAGAGUCCUACUGUGAUGGAAUAAGACAUUUCUGAUGACAUUUGCCAACUGUAUUUGAAGUGUGUUUCAACAUGCUGUAGGAAAGAUGCACUUUUGGGAUUUAGUACUUACCCAUUUCGAAUACUUAACUGGAACAUUAUCGGGUAAAUGCUCCAUAACUAGAAUAUGCGCCAUAUUUUCCAGCAGGCUGAGCCUGUUUCCCAUAUGUGCACUUGCAAAUACAUGCGUUGAGUAGUCAGCUCUGCGAGUACUUGAAGCAUCAUGCAUGCACUAAGUCACCCACUCUGAAAUGAAGGAAGGCCACUGCAGAAACAUUAACAACACAUGGGAGUCAUCUAGUGUUUUCUGUCAGUAGUUAGGCAGCAGACACUGCUUAGAAGCCAGUAUAAAAGGCAACUUUAGAAGAUCGUGAAUCAGAAGGAGCUAAAAAGUUUCUGAUCUCUUAAAGCAGAAGAAACUCAUUUAGGGAUUGCUAGCAUUUCAGACAGUCCAAUUCAAAUUUUUCAUGAAGCAGUAGUCAUGCACGCAGACACCACCAUGGUAUUAACUUGAUUGCAAGGCAAUGCCCAGUUGAACUAUCUGGCUUUAUGAUUCUAUUCAUUGCACAGCAAUGGCAUUUAAAUAAGAGUACUCAGUGUAGCUGUAGGCUGGCAAAUCCUUCCAUUGAAUUUUGUCACUCAAGCAUCUAGACUAAUUCACAUCAACUGAUAUAAAAUAAAAGUCUUCAGAAGUUUGAGAACAAUUUACAAAACUCAUGUAACUGCACCAUGCACUGACAAAAAAAUUCCAGACAAGCAAAUAUAAAAUAAAAAAAUCAUUACCACAUAGUGUUUAAAGAGUUAUCAAUGGAAGCCUAUUUGCAGUAACUUUGUUAUACCUCAGAAACACAAGCACGGCCGCAUUUUAAAACAAAAAUUACAAAAUGUGAAAAACAACAAGGCUCACUAUCAUAAGUGAAAUUUUUGGUGUAAAGUAAUUUGGAACAACAAAAGCUGAUAAGUGAAGAUGGCGUUGUCAAACAGAGCAGCCCAAAACAGAUUAAAAGCAGAGUAGAGAAUGACUUUCCCCACCGUAACAGGCAAUUUAAAACACGGUUACAGACUAGUGAUCAAUUUUAAAAUCAGAUAUUUGCUUUUAUGUUGAGAACAUAAACUGAACGAGUGUGUAACUGUAGUAAUCACACCACCUUAUCCAGGUAGUAGGUACAUUACAUUUUUAAUCCUAUAAAGCACCAAGUGGGGGCCUCCAUCCUGCCAAUGGUUCCGUAUUUUUUGAAGUUGAAAAUAUGAAUAUUAUUCACAUUCCUUAUUUUAGACACAGGCAUAAGUGCCAGGAACUAGGUCUAAAAUAGCAAAGAGCUAUCAACUUUAUUUCUUUAGAAGUCUCCUCUGUUGUCUUUGUUUUUUUGACAUGCGUAUUAACAGGACAGAAUUUAGCCUUUUGCUUUUAAAGAGACAUGGCAAAGGUAUACCUGGGAGUAAGCUUUUCAGGGAAGUAUGACAAAAAAAUAGUGUUGGGAAAUCAUAGGUGUGGGUCCUGAGUUAUUCAUAGCUUGAACAGGUUCUCCACAACCAGUUUUACAGACCAAGUUUGCAUGCUUCAGAUCAAGCUUUGUAGAAGUGUUUUUGCUUGAGGAUUCAAACACCUGGGAAGAAAAUGCCCGUGUUUUCUUCUUAGCCACUAACUGCUUUACUUUAGUGUACACUAAUGCACACAUAACAGUCUUUUAUUCAAGACACCCAAUUUCUACUGGGCUGGGCGAGGGGUGCACUUUCUUGCACUGAAAACAGUGCUUUUUAUAUACUAACAACUCAAGUAUUUACAAGAGCAGAAGUGAAAUUGGAUGUGGACGCUUGCAUCUCUCAAUGGCUAUAAGUCUGUUUAUACUGUGAUCAGUGCUUGGUAUGAAACAUCGACACUAACAAACGCAAGACACCUGGAUGUCAAGUUCUUCAUCUCUUUGUGCUUAAUAUUUUUUAUGAACUAUAAAGUAUGAGGCUGUCCUCCAAACUUGCUUAGGUGCAGUUAUUAUUCAAAAUGUUCUAGAUGGACGUGGAAUUUGUUUAACUUUUAUAUGUGCCAGUAUUCUCCCUUGGAAGCAGAGCCCAGGGUUUUAAAUUAAUGUAUGCAAUUGCCUGCAUUAUAUUUGCAUGCCAACAGCUAAUGUAGAUGAACGUUAAUCAGUGUGGCACUUUACAGGCUAGGUGCAUGGAAAAAUUUCCAAUUUUACAGCCUGCAGCCAUUACAGAUUUGGACACUUCCAUAUCUAAGAUACUUGGAAUUGAUUAAGGUUUGAUCCACUGAAGUCAAGAGAAGACUCCUGUAAACUUCAAUGAUUUUGAUCAGGCUCUGGGAGCAUUACAGGUUUUCCCACUGUUCUCCAAAGAAUCAGGCUAUGACCGCCACCAAGAAGCAGGGCGAAUCCUAAUCCUACAUUAAGAUUUUUCCCACAUGGAAACUGGUCCUGGAGUACAAGAUUAGUGUUAUCAAGUGAGUGUCCAGGAAGAGGAGGAAUAAAAGCUAAUGCUUGCAAGGUAACAAAAAUGGGAUCAUAAAGGUCCAUGCAUUAAUGCCAAAGACCACUUGGAGAAAAAAAAUCAAAAGUCAGUACCAAGACACUACAGGGAAUCAUUCAUUUUUGAAAAUAAAGAAAACAAACAAAAGCCACUCCUCUAUUUGCUAGUUGGUCCAUUACUGCCGUCUAAAUUAUGUGAUAGAGCUGUGGCAAAGAGACGCGACCAACCUGCAACUUGACACCUACAAUAUGUUGGGGUUGCCUUAAAAGCCAGCAACAAACUGGACCAAAGGACAGUUGCAGUCACCAGUCAAACUACUGGAAGAGUAAUGUUAAGUUUUUUUUAUAACUCAACAUUACAAACCAUUUGAUGCGCUUAUUCAGUGCAUAGUACAAUAACCAAUCUAGUUAUCGUCUGCACAUGUUACUGCAAUACAAAUAUCUAUGACUGAACACCAAAUAGAAGACACACGAUGUGGGAUCCAUUGCUUUAGUGUUUCCCCAACCUUAUUUUCAUAAUUAUUUCUGAUGCAAGCUUCCUGCACCAGAUUUGAAGGAUGUAGGUAACUUUGGAACUAAAGCAAGCACUAUUCUUUAAACACAGGGCACAUUUAUUAAAUAUUGUAAAAUUGCACUUAAUUCAUAUCACUUGAUACCAACAUAUCAGAUUUUAAGCCGGGGGAAAUUAGAAAAAGGGGUAUUUUUUUGUUUGUUUGCUGAACUCAGAACUUCUACCGAAAUAUUGUGUUCGGUAACUACAUAUUUUAGAGAAAUGCAUCAGCUAGCUGUUCACAGUAACAGGCACAGUAAACUCAUUUCUGCUGAAAAAGGGUGUUGGUUGUUUCCCAAAGGCCACAGUCAUUUGUAAUCGUGUACAAUUCACUCCUUCGUGAAGAUUUUUACAGAGAUUCAUUCUGAGAUCUAAACCAAAGGUGAAAGCUAUUCUGGUUAGGUGACUAGCACUGGAAAGCCUACUGCAAAUAUGCUUUUUGAAUAUGUCUGACUGAUUCCUACUCUUGGAUUCUCAGCCACCAAAACAGCCUGAACUUCUAAAGCAAAGAGUUGCCGGGAACCAGCACUCUCUCACAAUACCCCAACUUCUAAGGUAGGUCCAUUCCACCUCUAGAAAAUAACACAAUUUGCCAACUGUAAGUACUUUGCAAGAAUCUGCGCAAACCUAACUGCUUCCUUAGAGAUGCCAAUAUAGUCAGUUGGGGAUAAAGAUGCCUCAGGACAAAACAGCCAACAAGAGGCACUCAAUCACAAAGGCGGCCAUCCUCAGCACUGCUGUUGAUACUACAGGAUGAGUACCCAUCUUGCGCACUAGAAAGAGCUGGGAAAUACAGAUGUGUUUCAAUCAACCCCGUACCUGGCACCCAGGUUGUUGGGGAACUGAACUUUAGUGUAAACAUAGCAGUGCUCAAAAUCCCCUCAAACAUAUUAGACGUGCUGGUCAAAUGCAUUAAACCUUCCACUUCGAGCUGACCGAGCACGUUGGGAUUCAGGCCUGGGACCGAGUAGCAAACAGAGCCCAUGACUUGGAUGCACUGGUGAAGAAUACUGCAGCAAUGCCUGAAGGUAUCUUGUAAGACUUGUACCAUUAUCAAACUCCAACAGUGCAUCAAAUUCUGACAGCUGGGAUUAGAAAUCACUUGCACUUUCAUGCCAAUGUCAUCCAGGCCCUGCUUUACAAACUCCACUGGGCAAAGCUCUACCACCACCACGGCAACAGACUCUGCCAGCGUACUGAGGCAAACCGAUUCCCUAUUAGUGAGAUCACUUGCAUCUACAUCCUACAGCUACACUGAACUCAAGCCACAGACCAGCAGCUCUAGGAGGUCCUACCAAAAGAGACAGGAGAAUGACAGUUCACCUCUGAAGGUCAACAGCAUAAAUGACACAAACUGGCGAUAGGUGGUGAUGGACCAAGGAAGGGUUUUAAGGCCAAACAUAGCUGGAAUUAGCUUUUCUGACUGAUCUCCAGGACAGAACUGGAUGCUACCAAAUACAUUUAUGACAUCCAGGAAACAUCAAAAGAAAAUCAGAGCUGAAAGUUAGGGGAAAAGGAUGUACAAAAUACUCCUGAGAACAUGAUUUAAUUAUCAACUGAAUUUUCCAGUGAAAGCUGGGGGAUAAGGAGCUGUUGUGUCCAGUAUAGGCAAAACAGAUCUGUUGCUAGAUGGGGAAGCCAACAGACCCAAAAACUCUUAGCUUUAGGAGCUACAGCUGGUCUUGCUCUGGAAGUACAGGACCCAAGGGUAGGAAUCUAGUCCAAAAAGUAUCUUUAGAGGUUUUAAUAGUCUCAAGAUUAACAGUUCCUAACAUCUUUGGUAAGGUUAGGUCAUAGUAUAACCACUGUAUCUUUCUGCAAAUAAGCAAAAAGUGGAGAAACCGGUAAAUAAAUUUCAGUGUAUCCUAGUGUUCUCAUCUUUCACCCAGACAUUUGAAUGUUAGGCAUUUCCUUGCUUUAUGUUUCUUACAAGACAUAUUACUAGUUCAAACAAAUGCCUUCCUUUGGAAUACCCAAAAUACAUAGUUACAGUAGUACACAGCAACAUCAUCAUGAGAGAGAGAGAGAGAGAGAGAAAGAAAGAGAG